GCUCCGCUGCCGGGCUCAGGCAGCCCUCCCGCCUCGGCCUCCGCAGGCGCUGGGAUCGCCGGCGUGCGCCACGGCGGACGUGACGUUCGUGGUUCCUGUGAACGCGGGACGGGGCGGGGCCGUUUGCUCAGUGCCGAGACCACGGGGUGGGGUGGACGCUUCCUGACGGCGGGGAGGGGUUCGCGGGCCCCCCGAGCAGGAGCCGCGUUCCCGGCCGCGUCCUGGGGUGUCCCCUCGCGUGCCUUCCCCUCGGGAGCAGAAGCUCCGCGACAGCAUGGCCCUAGGAGUCCCGUCCGCCUGCGCGCCCCGGCGCACGCCCGACGGGCCCGACGGCCGGGACGGCGAAGUCCCCCGCCUCGGCUCCGCCUCCCCGCCCCAUCCGUUCUGGGGCGCUCCCGGGGCGGCCGGGCGGGGUGGGGGCUGAGGCCCUGUCCCCUCGGAAGUCCCGGCCCGAGGGGCGCGGGCCGCAAGGAGAGGGGUCCGUUCGGCCGAGGGCGACCCGGGUCCCGAAGCUUCCGACGGCCGCGCCGGCUCCAGGCCCCGCCCCCUGAGCCGCCGCCGCGUCCCGGCCUCCCCUGCGCGCCGGCGCGGAGCUCCCUGGGCCGGGGCGGGGCCGGCGAUCCGCGGCUCGGAGGGGCCGAGGCGGGUCCCGGGGGCGCCAUGGAGCCCCGGGCGGUCGCGGCAGCCGUGGCGACGGGGAAGGAGGAUUUGAUCCUGGAAGCUCUGCGGUCGUACAACCGGGAGCACUCCCAGAGCUUCACGUUUGAUGACGCCCAACGGGAGGACCGGAAGAGGCUGGCGGAGCUGCUGGUCUCCGUCCUGGAACAGGGCUUGCCGGCCUCCCACCGUGUCACCUGGCUGCAGAGUGUCCGAAUCCUGUCCCGGGACCGCCACUGCUUGGACCCGUUCACCAGCCGCCGGAGCAUGCAGGCGCUGGCCGGCCACGCUGGCGUCUCUGUCUCCGAGGGGCCCGUCCGCGAGUCCGCAGACAUGGGUGUCGUUCUGGAGUCCCUCAAGUGCCUGUGCAACCUCGUGCUCAGCAGCCCUGUGGCACAGACGCUGGCAGCGGAGGCCCGCCUGGUGGUGAGGCUCACGGAGCGUGUGGGGCUGUACCGAGUGCGGACCUUCCCCCACGACGUCCAGUUCUUUGACUUGCGGCUCCUCUUCCUGCUAACGGCACUCCGCACCGAUGUGCGCCAGCAGCUGUUUCAGGAACUGAAAGGAGUGAGUCUGCUGACUGACACGCUGGAGCUGACGCUGGGGGUGACUCCUGAAGGGAACCCACCCGAGCUCCUUCCUUCCCAAGAGACCGAACGGGCCAUGGAGAUCCUCAAAGUGCUCUUCAACAUCACCCUCGACUCCAUCAAGGGGGAGGUGGACGAGGAAGAUGCUGCCCUUUACCAGCACCUGGGGACCCUUCUGCGGCACUGUGUGAUGAUUGCUACUGCUGGAGACCGCACAGAGGAGUUCCAUGGCCAUGCAGUGAACCUCUUAGGGAACUUGCCCCUCAAGUGUCUGGAUGUUCUCCUCACCCUGGAGCCACAUGGAGACUCCGUGGAGUUCAUGGGAGUGAACAUGGAUGUGAUUCGUGCCCUCCUCAUCUUCCUAGAGAAACGUUUGCACCAGACACACAGGCUGAAGGAGAGCGUAGCUCCUGUGCUCAGCGUGCUGACUGAGUGUGCCCGGACGCACCGCCCAGCCAGGAAGUUCCUGAAGGCCCAGGUGCUGCCCCCUCUGCGGGACGUGAGGACGCGGCCCGAGGUUGGGGAGAUGCUGCGGAACAAGCUUGUCCGCCUCAUGACGCACCUGGACACAGAUGUGAAAAGGGUGGCGGCCGAGUUCUUGUUUGUGCUGUGCUCUGAGAGUGUGCCCCGAUUCAUCAAGUACACGGGCUAUGGGAAUGCCGCUGGUCUUCUGGCUGCCAGGGGCCUCAUGGCGGGAGGCCGGCCCGAGGGCCAGUACUCGGAGGAUGAGGACACAGACACCGAUGAGUACAAGGAAGCGAAGGCCAGCAUAAACCCAGUGACCGGGAGGGUGGAGGAGAAGCCGCCUAACCCUAUGGAGGGCAUGACAGAGGAGCAGAAGGAGCAUGAGGCCAUGAAGCUGGUGACCAUGUUUGACAGGCUCUCCAGGAACAGAGUCAUCCAGCCAAUGGGGAUGAGUCCCCGGGGUCAUCUUACAUCCCUGCAGGAUGCCAUGUGCGAGACUAUGGAGGAGCAGCUCUCCUCGGACCCUGACUCAGACCCUGACUGAGGAUGGCAGCUCUUCUACUCCCCCAUCAGAACGGGUGCUGUUCAUGAUUUGCCCGCGGUUCAGUUUCUUAUCUCUGGACUGCAGUGGUCUUGUGCAAGAACACAGGGCUCAGCUUGAUUUCUGCAGGCAAAGUACUUUCUUUUGUCUGCGCCAAGAGGAACGUGUGCAGAGGCUGCUGCCUGAGGGCAGGGCCUACCUGGGCAUACAGAAGAGCAUGUGUAUGGGAGGGCAAGGGGUUGGGCGUGGGCAUGCACAGAGCAGGCACAUCUGAGAUUGGCAUGCGGGCCAGAGCCGGUGCAUUGAGGAAUGUGCUGCACUUCACAGGGAGAAAGAACCUGUCAGAACUUCACGUACAAGUAUGUCAGAACACGCACUCCAAGGUAUGCCCUGUGGCUUCUGUCCUGUCUUCACUGGGCGCAGGGCUGGAGGCCUCAAAAGGUGUCCUCCUUGGUCCUUGUUGAGCUACCCACUGUAGUAUCCACAGUGCCCAAGUUCCCGCCAGUUCUGGCAAUUAAAUCUCAAUCCUUCCCACUGGCUUAGACUACCCUUACAAGAAGGAGAAAGCCCCUUGUGUGACCACAGUUUGAGAUUUAUACCAUGUACCACACAUAGACACAGAAACAUCCUGAAAUAAAGAGGUCUGAGCAAAAA